CCCACGACAUGGCGGCAUAUCUACUCUACAGUCUACACAUGCCUUUAAACCUUUCGCCCUCCUCCGCGCUCUCGGCUCCUCCCAGCAGCAGCCUUAUCCCCUCCACUCAGUGUUCGCCACCGCCGGCUCCUUCCAGCUGGGUGGAAGAACCAUGUCACGGAUGGCGCCCCCGUCUCCACCUCUGUCCAUGAAGCCCCCGACGCUGCCCUUCUCUCCUCCCAAGAAGCCACCGCCGAUGCCGGUGUACAAGGACCUGCACUUCAACCGCGACCUCUCCGCCACCAAGAAGCUCCAGGCCGGAGUGGACCUGGUGGCGCGGUUGCUGGGGGUCACCCUGGGGCCCAAGGGGAGGAACGUCGUGCUUGGCAACAAGUAUGGCCCUCCCAAGAUUGUCAAUGAUGGGGAGACCGUCCUUAAGGAGAUCGAAUUGGAAGAUCCAUUAGAAAAUCUUGGAGUGAAGCUGGUCCGACAGGCUGGAGCAAGGACCAAUGAUAUUGCAGGAGAUGGUUGUACCACAUCCAUAAUCCUUGCUCAAGGCCUCAUUGCUGAAGGAAUGAAGGUUCUUGCAGCUGGAAUCAACCCAGUUCAGGUUGCACGUGGCAUUGAGAAGACUGCUGCUGCUUUGGUGUCUGAACUCAGACUGAUGUCGCGAGAGAUUGAAGACCAUGAAAUUGCACAUGUGGCUGCAAUUAGUGCGGGAAAUGAUUAUGCUGUUGGAAAUAUGAUUUAUGAUGCUUUUCAAAGAGUAGGUAGAAAAGGAAUGGUGAGAAUUGAAAAUGGAAGAGGCACCGAGAACAGUCUGGAGGUUGUGGAAGGAAUGCAAUUUGAACGCGGUUACCUCUCUCCUUACUUUGUUACCAAUCGUGGUAACAUGACGGUGGAGUUCACUGACUGUCUGAUACUAUUGGUUGACAAGAAAAUUAGUGAUGCUAGUGAGAUUAUAAGGAUACUUGACAGUGCUGUUAAAGAAAAUUAUCCGUUGUUAAUAAUUGCUGAGGAUGUGGAAGAACAAGCAAUGGCUGAUUUGAUAAAAAACAAGCUGAAAGGGACAAUUAAGGUUGCAGCAGUUAAGGCCUUCUCUUUUGGGGAACAAAAGACUCAGUGCUUGGAUGACAUUGCAAUAAUGACAGGAGGUACACUAGUGAGGGAUGACAUGGGACAUGAACUAGAGAUGGCAGGAAAAGAGGUUCUUGGUUUUGCUUCUAAGGUUGUAAUAACGAAAGAUUCAACGCUAAUUGUUACCGAUGGAAGCAAUCGUCAAGCAGUUGAGGAAAGGGUUACUAUGAUAAAAGGACAAAUUGAGAACUCUAAGGAAAGGUACAACAAGAAGAUAUUGGGUGAGAGGAUAGCAAGGUUAUGUGGUGCAAUUGCAAUCAUCCAGGUUGGUGCUCAAACAAUCAUUGAGAUGAAAGAUAAGAAGCUGAGGAUUGAAGAUGCACUCAACGCAACAAGGGCAGCUAUUGAGGAAGGUGUUGUAGUUGGUGGUGGAUGUAGCCUAUUAAGACUGUCAGAGAAGAUUGACGCAAUCAAGGAAUCAUCAUUGGAUAAUAUAGAGCAGGAGGUUGGUGCUGACAUCUUCAAACAAGCCUUGAGUUACCCUACCUCUCUAAUAGCAAACAAUGCAGGGGUGAAUGGCGACUUUGUCAUUAAAAAGGUGUUACUGAAUGAUAAUGCAAAUUAUGGUUACAAUGCUGCCAAGAACUGCUAUGAGGACUUGAUGGCUGCUGGAAUACUGGACGCAUCAAAGGUUGUGAGGUGUUGCAUUGAGCAUGCUGCUGUGGUUGCUAAGUCCUUUCUCACCUCCGAUGUGGUGAUUGUUGAGGCAAAAGAAGGCAAACCUAUUCGAAUAAGACCCCCAAUGCCUCCUAGGAACUUAAUUCCCCCAAUGCCCCCUUCAAUUUCAGGUAUUCGAGUGUAGCAGGAUUCCUUUGCAACAAGAAUCAGCCUCAACACACAAGAAUACAUGACCGGUACUUUUUUUUUUUCAAAUUUCCAAGAUAACAAAGAAAAGAAAACAUAGUGAGAGUUUCACGCCAAGCGUGUUUUCAUAUGAUUGCUCCAAGAAGCUCUAUGCAUGGUAUCGCAUCAUUGGAGCAGCAGCAAGGGUGGAUGUUGUGUGUUAUAUAGGGAAUAAAAGGCUGAACAAUUCAAUUUUGGUGUUCUAAUGUUCCUUACCUUUGUAAUCUUUUUUAGGGAUAGAUACUUUAAUAGCUCCGGUCAGUUUGGAUGGUUAACAAAUGUUUACACGUAACUUGCAAUGUAUGUCCAGGAUUGUUAUUCAUUUUGUAAAUAUUUCGAGCAAUCAUGUCAAAGACAUAUGUCGAUUUAAAUUAUUGAUUUUGAGCUACA